AUGGGUCAAGAGCUGUGUGCAAAGACUCUACAGCCUGGAUGCAGCUGCUACCGCUGUUCGGAAGGAGGCGAGGCACAUGGCUGUCGGAGGAGUCAGCCUGUGACAACGGAGCCUCCGUUUGAGCUAACAGACCUAAAAGAAGCAUCAUGUUCUAUGACUUCAUUUCACCCCAGGGGACUUCAGGCUGUCCAUGCCCGGAAGUUCAAGAGUAAAAGGCCACGGAGUAACAGUGAUUCUUUUCAGGAAGAGGAUCUGAGACCGGAUUUUCAGUGGAGGAAGAGCCUCCCUUUUGGAGCAGCCUCGUCUUACUUGAACUUGGAGAAGCUGGGUGAAGGCUCCUAUGCUACAGUUUACAAGGGCAUUAGCAGGAUAAAUGGACAAUUAGUGGCUUUAAAAGUCAUCAGCAUGAAUGCAGAGGAAGGAGUCCCAUUUACAGCUAUCCGGGAAGCUUCUCUCCUGAAGGGUUUGAAACAUGCCAAUAUUGUGCUCCUGCAUGACAUAAUCCACACCAAGGAGACACUGACAUUUGUUUUCGAAUACGUGCACACAGACCUGGCCCAGUAUAUGUCUCAGCAUCCAGGAGGGCUUCAUCCUCACAAUGUCAGACUUUUCAUGUUUCAACUUUUGCGGGGCCUGGCAUACAUCCACCACCAACACGUUCUUCACAGAGACCUGAAACCUCAGAACUUACUCAUCAGUCACCUGGGAGAGCUCAAGCUGGCUGAUUUUGGUCUUGCUCGUGCCAAGUCUAUUCCCAGUCAGACAUACUCUUCAGAAGUCGUGACCCUCUGGUACCGGCCUCCUGAUGCUUUGCUGGGAGCCACUGAAUAUUCCUCCGAGCUUGACAUAUGGGGUGCAGGCUGCAUCUUUAUUGAAAUGCUCCAGGGUCAACCUUUGUUUCCUGGGGUUUCCAACAUCCUUGAACAGCUGGAGAAGAUCUGGGAGGUGUUGGGAGUCCCUACAGAGGAUACCUGGCCUGGAGUCUCCAAGCUACCUAACUACAAUCCAGAAUGGUUCCUGCUGCCUAAGCCUCAAAGCCUUCAGAUUGUCUGGAACAGGCUGGGCGGGGUUCCUGAAGCCGGAGACCUGGCUUCCCAAAUGCUGAAGGGCUUUCCUAGAGACCGAGUCUCUGCACAGCAAGCACUUGUUCAUGAUUAUUUCCGUGCCCUGCCAUCUCAGCUGCACCAGCUUCCCGAUGAGGAGUCUUUGUUUACAGUUUCAGGAGUGAGGCUAAAGCCAGAAAUGUGUGACCUUUUGGCCUCCUACCAGAAAGGUCACCACCCAGCCCAGUUUAGCAAAUACUGGUAGUUCUCUCAGCCAGCUGUCAGGACAAAAUCAGAG